AUGUCUCUCUCUGUCACUCUCUCACUCUGAGCCCUGCCUGACGGUGUCUGCCCUCUCGGAUCUGCGCUGCCCACACCCUAGAGAGGUGGAGCCUCCAUGUUCUUGUGCAUUGGAUCUGGGUGAGGCACCAGUUCCAGGGUGAGUCUCUUUGGCCGAGGUGUCUGCUGCCCUCCAUGGCCCAAUGAUCCAGCAACCCAACCCAACCCAAUCCUACCCAACCCCUGCUGGUCUGACAAGUCUCAGGUUGAAGCUACCUAGAGGCCUGUUUACCCUUUCUGACAAGUCUCAGGUUGCAGCUACCUAGAGGCCUGGUUACCCUUUCUGUGGUUUCUACUGACCACUAAGAAAAAAUAGGAUUUCUAACCUCAACCUUUUCCCUUUGGAUCCGAGACACGGUGGUUGAAGACACCAACCAUGGCUGAUAAACUAGGUCUGGCUGUGGGGGACGAUACUGCAACCAUCAUGGCGCUAUUGGAGCGUGUGGCGGGAAUCAUCGACAACGUGCAGACAUGCCAGACGCGUAUGGAGGAGAGGCAGCUCGAGCUGGAGAACAGUGUCAAGACCAUCCAGGAGGAUGUGGUGAAGCUGACGGUAAACCAUGCCGCCACGAGCAGCACAGUGGACAGGCUGCUGGAGAAGACGCGCAAGGUCAGCUGCCACAUCAAGGACGUCCGUGUACGGGUAGAGAAUCAGAACAUCCGCGUCAAGAAGGUGGAAACCACCCAGGAGGAACUGUUGGCCAAGAACAAGUUCCGGGUUGUUAUCUACCAGGGGGACAGUGAGGUGUCUGCUGUGGCAGCCGGAAAGGAACCCAAAGAACCCAAGGAUUCCAAGGAACCCAAACCAUCUGUGGCCGAAGUGGAACCAGACCACUUUGAGCUCCCCCCUGAGUCUGAUGAUGAGUACAUGGUGGUGGAGGAAGCCUCGUCCACGGCCGCUAAGAUGAAGAAAUCAGGCCUAACCCGCAUGGAGAGCUUCAAGUCCACCUUCUCCCGCUUGAACAUGACAAAGACGAAAGAGAACAUGAGCAGCAAGGUUGGCCAGAUGGGUGAGCGCAUCGUAUCAACCGAGCGUCGGCAGAAGAUCCGCCAGUCUGGGGAGAGGCUCAAGCAGUCCGGCUCGCGGCUCAAGGAAUCCAUUGCCAGCCAUGUGCCAGCCAAACUAAAGAAGGAGAGGACUGUGGCGGAGGGCCAGGAGGGGGCUGUGGGGGUCACCGAGGACGCCACACCCGUCCCGCCACCCAAGGGCCACAAAUCCAACAGCCCUAAGCUCGCUGAGGAUGGCGUAGAGGAGGAGGUGCCGAUGCAUGAUAUUAAACAGCUCUCCUAAACCAGCGUUCAAUUAAAUGGGAAACAACAACGUGUGUUUUUCUUUGAAUCUUUUUUUCUUUGUGAAGGAUUGUCCUGUGACCGAUAGUCCCGUGAACAGGCCAGUUAGGGUUUCAACACAAUGAGUUUAUAUGAUCCACACAACAUUUUGAAAUCAUCUUUAUUUUGGAAAUUCAAUGAUUUAUAUAGAUAUACUUUUAUCUUUUUUUGUCAUUUUUUCUUACAUUUAACACAAGAAUGCAAAACAAAUAAACUGACAAGAAUUACAGCAAAUUUGUGCAAUUGGACAUUUACUACAGACUUAUAAAUCAGCAUAUUAUAAUACAUAAGACAUUGAAUUGUCUUUAAUUUGCAUGUUGAAAGGCUGAAUAUGGGAUGUUAAGGCUAAACUAUGGAAGUGAUGCAAGUUGAAAUGGAGUUCUGGUAUGUUCUGAUUAAGGUUAAUGUUUCAUACACAAAACAUUACAUUGACUGGAAAGUGUCUUUGUGCAAAGGUAAGUGAUGAAUGAUGAGCAUUUGGUCUCAAUUAUGUAAAUUCAUGCCAGCCGAACCAGAAUUUAGUGAUAAAUUGAAUUUCUUGUGCAAUUUUUGCUGAUAAAAACUCCAUCAGCUGGUGUCUGAGGAGUAAAGCAUAUAUAAAAUGCAUAUGUAAUUGAAUGGACAAAUUGGUGAGUGAAGAAACUAAUGUGCAUUAUAUCAAAUAUCUAUGGAAAUUCAAUUUUUAUAAAAAAAUUAAAAAAAUUGUUAUACAAAUGGCCAAAUGGACAAAAGCAGAUUCAUAAAGAUAUGCAUCUGCUCCAUAUCUAGUGUAGUUUAAAAUAUAAAGCCAUUACUAGGACAUUUUAUUGAGAGUUGUUUGCUUCAACAGAGUGAGUAAUUCUGCAUGUUUAUAGAUAUUAUUUUAUUUUAAGUUUAAGUUGAGAGUAAUUCUCUAGAGUGAAUGUCACUGAAUAUGUAAUAUAUAUGAAGCCUCUCUGCUGCUAAGGAGAGGUAACACAUUGUGCAUGUUAUCAUCUUAUUCAACUGUCCAAUAAUCUUGUUAAUUGUAGAUUUAGUUUCUAUAUUAAUGAACACAGUUCUUUACUCCUGUUGAAAAAGGUCUAAAAUAGGUGUAAUACCAGACUAACUGUUUUGCUAUAGCGCAAUAUAUCUCAAGAUAGUUGGCAUUUUUUACAUGAAGUCAAAAGCUUUUGUAAGUUCCCAUUAAUGUGUUGAAACAGCUUGACAACCACACUUUGUUUAAUGCAACGUACACGACCCCGUCAUAACGCAUAGAACUGUCAAAUAAAAAAAAUAAAAAUAGCAUCCUUGUUUGCUAUGAUAUGCUUUAUUACAAAAUGAUUUUAAAAAAUGGGCCCUGCUUUAUUUGAAGUGCAUCUUACGAAGGCUUCAUUAGAACUGCAUAAAUGGGUCACACACAAUCUAUAACCGUAUUUCAUGCUCUAUAAAAGAUUAAUAAACGUGAACAAAUAAGUUGAUGGUUGUUACACAGUUAUGCCACAUUAUGAAUCUUUAUAGAACAUGAUGAUUUGUGAAGCAUCUAUGUAGCGCUUGUGAAUCCUAUAUGAAGGCGUUAUGAAGCCUUCAUAAAAUGCACUUCAAAUAAAGAGGGACCAAAAAAGGUUAUAACGUUGUUACUAUGAUGCCACAUGAUGCUAUUUAAAUGCUUUUUGAGAGCAUCAAGUGUCAUAGAGGGGUUGAUUUAUGUGGAUAAGGGUGUUAGGAUGAGGUGUUAAUGACAGGUUGACUAUCAGACAAAAAUAUGUUCUAAUGCACUUGAGCAGAUACAACAUCAGGAUGUGAUGAUGAGUUACUCAAAAACUGUCAUUUCUAUAAGACCAUUGCAUUGUUUCCAUCUUCCGGUAUUCUUUGAAAAUAUGUUCAAUAAAAAUGCAAAUGAUUGUAAA